AUGGCUAGCGAUCGUGAUGAUGUUAUUGUGGCAAUGAUCCCCAGUGAUGUUGUCGACUAUAAAAUCCUCCCACGACUCCCCUACAAGUCUCUCUCUAGAUUCAAGUGUAUCUGCAAGAAGUGGCAUCACCUCAUCUCGCACGACGUCAUAUUUGCGCAUGAGCAGUCGCGCCAUGGGUCUCCCAUCUCCUUCGGCAGCGUUUACCAAUACAAACAUAGCAUCAACUUCAUCCCCAUCGACAUCCCCGGGGAGCUCAACGUACGCAUCACCAGCUCAUCCUUUUUCCCCCUUCCCAAUGGCACAGAGCGCAUAAGGAUUACUGCCGCUGUCAAUGGCCUCCUCUUGCUAUUCGUGCAAAGAAAAAGAGAUGAGCAAAAUGAUAGUAUGUGCUCUACUAAAUAUCACGACGCGAUUUACGAAUUCCAUUACGUGUGGAAUUUUGUAACGAAAGAAGGCCACAUCAUCCCCGAAGAUGAUUAUCGUGGUUGGUUUGUUGGACUUGCUUUUGAUCCUUCGAUCACUCCAGCUUGUUAUCGACUAGUAAAUCUUGUACAACAACGAAAAGGGCUCCAAGAAGAGUUCUCCUUUGAGAUUUACUCCUCUCGCACUAGGAAGUGGACUAUGUCUAAUCACAAGAUUAUGAUCCCUCAAGGCAAAAGAAUAUCGUGGGAUAUUUUUUGUGCAGGACGAAUCAUAUAUUGGAAUUGCAAUCCCUAUGCACUGUGGUUUGACGUGGAUGAGGAUGUCGCAGGUUACACACUGCUUCCACAGGCUGAAAAUUCGGUGUCCCAACAUGCGCUUGGGGUGACAGAUGAUGGAGUUUUAACGAGCACUCGAUUCUCGCAAAAUGAUACAUUAACAAUAUGGAUGAUGAGCAAGGAUGGAGACUGGAUCAAGAAAUUUUACUCGGAGAACAUACCCACAGUAUCAUCCGAAUUCAAACUAUUUGAACCCCUCCCAUUCACAGGUGGAGAUAGGAUUUAUAUGGAGAUGUUAUCGAAUUCUCUACGGAAAAGAAUAUUGGUUUGCUAUAAUAUGAACACCCAAGAGAUGACAACGAUCGGUGAGAUGAAGGGUCAUUGGCCACCGUCUAGAUGCCUAUACAUAGAUUACAAUCGAAUUGCUAGAUUAGGUAGCCUUGGCAUCACAGAAUCUUGA